AUGUUAUUAUUAUCUUUGCCUCGUUUUAUGAAUGCUACAAAAGCGGCCAGCUCCCGUCGGCUCGCAUCAUCAUUGAAGUCCCAGAGGCUGCUAUUUACUCGACUUCCUCAGAAGGCAACCGCUGUCCCGCUAAAGCAGCCUACGCCUGCCUUCUACUCCACCGCACAUGCCUCACCUCUGAAGGAGCGUCUGGCACAGCUCAUCCCGAAGAGAAGAGAGGAGGUGAAGAAAUUCCGUGCUGAGCAUGGUUCAGAUGUGUUGGGCGAAGUUACAUUAAAUCAAAUUUACGGCGGUGCUCGUGGUGUUCCUGCCCUGCUAUGGGAGGGCUCUGUCCUCGAUCCCAAUGAGGGUAUUCGGUUUCGCAACUUGACCGUAAAGGAGUGUCAAGAAAAACUCCCCUCCGCUACUCAUGGCAAGCAACCUUUGCCCGAAUCCAUGUUUUGGUUGCUUGUUACGGGUGAAGUCCCCACUGCAAAUGAGGUGCAAGCUUUGUCCGCAGAGUGGGCUGCUCGUGCUCAAUUGCCCAAGUUUGUCGAAGACUUGAUUGACAACUGCCCCAAUACGCUUCACCCCAUGGCACAACUUUCCCUUGCUAUCACGGCUUUGGAAAAUGAUUCCGUGUUCAGCAAGGCUUAUCAUAGUGGUGUCAGCAAGGCAGAUUACUGGCAGUUUACUUAUGAAGACAGCAUGGACUUGAUUGCCAAGAUUGUCCCUAUUGCUGGUCGUAUUUAUCGCAACCUGUACCGUGAUGGUGUGGUUGCCCCCAUUCAACCUGACAAGGAUUAUGGUUACAACUUGGCCAACGUUCUCGGCUUCUCUAACAACGAGGAGUUUGUUGAGCUGCUUCGUUUGUACCUUAGUAUUCACUCGGAUCACGAGGGUGGUAACGUCUCUGCUCACACUGGUCAUCUUGUUGGUUCCGCUCUUUCCUCGCCCUUCCUGUCGAUGGCUGCCUCGUUAAAUGGUCUUGCCGGUCCCCUGCACGGUCUGGCUAACCAAGAGGUUCUUGAUUUCUUGUUGAAGAUGAAGGAGUCAGUUGGUGAUGAUUAUUCUGAUGAAACUUUAGAGAAAUAUCUUUGGAACAUCCUUGACAAUGGCCAAAUUGUUCCAGGUUAUGGUCAUGCAGUCUUGAGAAAGACGGAUCCUCGUUACCUUGCUCAACGUGACUUCGCCUUGGAGCACCUUCCCGAAGAUCCUAUGUUCAAGCUUGUAAGCCGGCUAUACGAGGUUGUUCCUCGUGUGCUUACCAAGCACGGUAAGACCAAGAACCCCUUCCCCAACGUUGAUUCCCACUCUGGUGUCCUGUUACAAUAUUAUGGUCUGAAGGAGCAAACGUUUUAUACUGUACUAUUCGGCAUCUCACGUACACUGGGUGUUAUGGCUCAACUCAUCUGGGAUCGCGCAUUGGGCUUGCCAAUUGAGCGUCCCAAGUCUUUCUCAACCGAGGUUUUGAAGAAACGCAUUGAAAAGGCUUAA